AUGGCUGCCAGGAAGGACGCGGUGACGGAGGCUCCGGAGAAGCUGCAGUCGACCCUGGACCAGAGCCCCGCGUACUCCACUUACAAGCUGCACGUCAAUGACACCAGCAGCUGGGCGGACAUCGUCAAGAUCGCAGACACCUUCAAGGAGCUGGCGACCGCCGAAGUGUACAACCUUUGCGACGAGUUGAACAAGGCUGUGAGUAUCUACUUGACCAAGCGCUCGGAGUACCAGGUACCAGCGGACCCAAAAUGCAAACUCGUGGAGAAAGCGCAGCUCAACGUGAAGCAGUGCGCUGCCAUCGCAGCCAUGGAAGUCCAGGGGAAGCUCAGGUUCUACAAGGUUGAGCCGACCCUCUUGCACACCGCAGCGGCGUUCAAGUUCAAGGCAGGGUUGACUCUCAAUUUCAG